CUCCUUCCUUAUACUGAGUCGGCUGCUAAGCGAGCUCAAGCCAAGUCGGGAGGCUUAAUGAGGAUCACGGACUAAAGGAUCCAGGGGGAGCUGGAAAAACCUAAUUCAAGAUGCUGAGAAAGGGAGAAUGGGUCUGGGUGGACUCAAAGAUCGGGGUCCACAUUGGAGCCCGGGUCAAAGAAACGCCAUCUGGUCAGAGGCUACUGGUGGAUGAUGAGGGAAAUGAGCGGAAACUGUCGCUGGAGGAGGAAGCCUCGCUCAAGAUCAUGCACCCGACAUCUGUGGAGGGGGUGGAUGACAUGAUCAAGCUCGGGGACAUGACGGAGGCCGCCCUCCUCAGGAACCUGCUGCUCAGACACAAGCAGGGCUACAUCUACACCUUCAUCGGUUCCGUUUUGGUGGCAGUGAAUCCCUACCAGGACUUUCCAAUAUAUUCACCUGAACAGGUGAAUUUAUAUCACAGCCGGAAGCUCGGAGAACUCCCCCCGCACAUCUUUGCCAUCGCUGAGUCCUGCUACUUCAACAUGAGGCGCAACCUCAGAAACCAGUGCUGCAUCAUCAGCGGGGAAUCCGGAGCAGGGAAGACGGAGAGCACAAAACUGAUCCUGCAGUACUUGGCGGCAGUCAGCGGGCAACUCUCCCAGCAAUCGAUCGAAAAUCAGAUCCUGCAGUCCAACCCGAUUCUGGAAGCUUUUGGGAACGCCAAGACAAUCCGCAACGACAACUCCAGCCGCUUCGGCAAGUACUUGGAGAUCUUCUUCAACCAAGACGGGGUGAUCGAAGGCGCUCGUGUGGAGCAAUACCUCCUGGAAAAGUCCCGAGUGUGCCAUCAGGCCUCACAGGAGCGAAACUACCAUAUAUUUUACUGCCUGUUGGCAGGAAUCAGCACUGAAGAGAGGAAGUCUUUGAGGCUUGAUCGUUCCAAGGAAUAUAACUACAUUACCAAGGGCAACUGCAUGGUGUGCGAAGGCAGAGACGAUGCUAAAGACUUCAACUUCAUCCGCUCGGCCAUGAAGACGCUGAACUUCUCAGAAGACCAGUUCCAGGAAAUCCUCAAGCUGCUGGCGGCCAUGUUACACCUCGGAAACGUCAGCUUCAAGGGCUCCGUCAUCCAGAACCUGGAAAUCAGUGACGUGGGCGAGUCGGAGAACUUCACCAUCGCCUCGUCGCUGCUGCAGGUGCAAAGGUCCGUCCUGGCCGACAGUCUGACGCAUCGCUCCUUUAUGACCAACAGAGAGCGAGUCACUAAGGCCCUCAGCGCCGAGCAGGCCACCGACUGCAGGGACGCCUUCGUGAAGGCAAUCUACAACAAACUCUUCAUAUGGAUCGUUGGAAAAAUCAACAGUGUCAUCUAUGAGAAACUGUCCGACAAACCCAGUUCUUCGCUCCUGUCCAUCGGCCUGCUCGACAUCUUCGGCUUUGAGAACUUCCAAACAAACAGUUUCGAGCAGCUUUGCAUCAACUUCGCUAACGAGAAGCUGCAACAGUUCUUCGUGGCCCACAUCUUCAAGCUGGAGCAGAAAGAGUACCAGAAAGAGGGCGUGCUGUGGAACAACAUCCAGUUCACCGACAACCAGAAAGUCCUGGAACUUCUGGCCGGGAAGCGGUGCAACGUGCUCGCUCUGAUCGACGAAGAGAGCCACUUUCCGCAGGGGACAGACUCCACCCUGCUGACCAAGUUGAACAAAGAACACCAAGGAGACAAGGACUACAUCGGUUCCAAGCGCGAACACGAAACAGACUUUGGAAUUCGCCACUUCGCCGGCCCCGUUUACUACAACACCAACGGAUUUCUGGAAAAAAACAGAGACGGAGUCAGUUAUGACAUCAUUAAAACGAUCGGCGUCUCCACCAAUAAGCUCCUCCGGGAGAUCUUUGAGAAGGACAUGCCAACCAACGGACUGAAGGCAGCUAAAAACGCAAAGUUCAUCUUGUCGCCGCAGAACUCACCACGGCUGCAGAACGACAAACGCAAGCAAAUGCCGACGCUGAGCGGUCAGUUCCGAGUGUCUCUGGACUCCCUGAUGAAGGCCCUGUCCGUCUGCCAGCCCUUCUUCAUCCGCUGCUUCAAACCCAACAACGACAAGCAGUCCAAGAAAUUUGACCGGGAGCUGUGCAUGCGCCAGCUGAGGUACUCCGGCAUGAUGGACACCAUCCGCAUCAGGAAGCUUGGGUAUCCCGUGCGUCACAAAUUUGAGGACUUCCUGAGCCGCUACCGAGUCCUGCUGAAGACCACCGUCUGCGAUCCCAAAACCACCGACGCCUCAGUCUGUUGUGAAGCCAUCUGCAAGGCUGUAAUCAAAGGAAGGGACGAGUGGAAAAUUGGAAAGAAGAAAAUCUUUCUAAAGGAUGCCCACGACGCUGUUCUGGAAAAUCUCCGGGAAGCAGAACUGAGCAGGGUGGCCGUGGUGAUCCAGAGGGUUAUGCUGGGAAUCAAAGACAGAAAGCUCUUCCUGAGGAAACGGGGCGCGGCCGUGGUGCUUCAGAAGCAAUGGAGAGCUUACAGAGAGAGGGUGGUGCAGAAGAAGAUCCAGCAGGGUUUCGGGCGCCUGGUGUCAAAGGUCCGCGGUCGGAAGCUGAAGUCUCAGUUCCAGAGACGGCGAGCGGCUGCCGUCGUCAUCCAGAGCCAGGUGCGAGGCUACCGGGCGAGGAAAGACUACCGGCAGAAGAGAGAAGAAAUCGCCCAUCAGGCUAUGCUCUUAGAAAUGGAGAGGCAGGAGGAAGAGGAUCUCAGUGAGGAACUCCAUCAGCGGCUGAUGCAAGUCGCUGAAGAGCAGGCCGACAUAGAAUCACAAAAAUCUGGCCGAUCUCACGAAUCGAAGAAAUCAAGUGAAUCUGAGAAAUCUAGUGAAGCGGAGAAAUCUAGUGAAGCGGAAAGCUCCAGUGACUCUGAAUUGGAGGACGGCUCAAAUAAAAACCUCCGACUCUUUGAUGAAGACGCAGAAGACAAAAGAUCAGACAAUGAGGACGAGGACAAGGAAAGCCUUCACAGCUCGAAGGAGAUGACGGUCGUCGUCACGCCGGCCUCUAACUCGGCGAGCUCCACGCCGUCGCUGGACGAGGAGGAAGAGGAAGAGAUUGAUGACGGCUUUGACGACGAGACCGAUAUAUUCUCCUUUUACAACUUCAGCAAGCGCCACUUCCAGAAAGACGAGGACCAUAAGUACACCGCACAGAGGCUGAAGCAGCCGCUGCUGCACCACGAGGACGAAGCAGACGCCCUGGCGUCUCUGACCGUGUCCUGGAUCAUCAUGCGGUUCAUGGGCGACAUACCGGAGCAGAAAUCUACAGACACCCUAUCUCAGCAUUCCAGCACCAUGUCCCAGAGCACCCUGUCCCGCCUGCUGCCAGGCAGGCAAGGCCGGAGGCUGAGCAACCUGGUGGGGCUGGAUCAGAAAAUCCUGAGGAAGAACAAGAAAAAGUUUGGCGCUGGGAACAGAAAAGCCUCAGCCAUCCUGGAGGAGCCAGAGAACCUGACCGAGGACGAGGACAUUCUGGUGGGAGAGAGCACGACGCUGUAUCGGCAGCUCACGCAGCUGGAAAAGCUGCACAUUAUCGUUGGAUAUGGCAUGUCACGGCAAGGCAUAAGGGAUGAGAUCUACUGUCAGAUCUGCAAACAGCUGGUGAACAACAGGAACAGGAAGAGCUGCAUGCAAGGCUGGGCUCUCCUCUCCCUCUGUCUGGGGAUCUUCCCUCCAACGAGCCUCUUCAUGGAGUGUUUGGAGAGCUUCCUCCAAAGAGGUCCAUACGGUUACAGAGAGUACUGCAUUGAGAGGCUGCAUCGCAUAGUAGCCAACGGAGAGAGAAAAGAGCUGCCCUGUUGGUUAGAGCUGAAGGCCGCCACCAACAAAGAGCCCAUUGAUUCGUCGGUGACACUAAUGAAUGGUGAAACGAUCAAAGUGCAGCUGGAUUCAGCCUCCACCUCCUCAGAAGUUUGCCAGGCUGUGGCUAACAAGCUCGGACUCAAGGACACCUUUGGGUUCUCCGUCUACAUCAGCUUCUACGAAAAGAUGUGGUCUCUGGGAUCCUGCGGGAAGAACCACGUGUUGGAUGCCGUGUCUCAGUGCGAGCAGGAAAUGAGGAGGCAGGGCAGAGAGGAGAAGGACACGCCCUGGAGCCUCUCCAUCCGCAAGGAGCUGUUCUCUCCGUGGCACGACUGCGACCAGGACGCAGUCAGCACGGAUCUGAUCUACAAGCAGGUCAUCAAGGGCAUCAAGUCUGGAGAAUACGUCAGUGAGAAGGAGGAUGAAUACGUCCAGCUGGCUGCGAUGCACUACUUUGUCCAGUUCGGCUCCCAGGAGCCCACCAGAGAGAGGGUGCAGAGUGUGGUCCAGGAGUGCAUCACAACCACGCGGAUCGAGAGCAGGUCCAUGACGAUGUGGAUCGAUCUCAUCACGGAGGAACUCUCAAAGGAGAGCUACAGCAACGGGAGACUGCGGGCGGAAAAGGUGAAAGGAGACGUGGUGGACAUCGCCCGGCAGAACUGGCCGCUCGACUUUUCCAAGCUUUACGAAGUCACAAUGACGUCAGGACCCCCGUUGCCCAAAAGCAGAUUUUUUGUGGCCGUAAACUGGAAAAGCAUCGUCUUCAUGGAGAGAAGGGAGAAGCUCCUGCUGGAGAUUCCCUACGUAGAAGUGAAGAAAGUCCAGAUGGCGAGCGACAGCGACCAGUCGGUGAGCGUGGACACGCUCAGAGGACAGUACACCCUGAGGUGCCAGGACGUGGCGGACAUGACCAAGAUGAUGCAGUACAACGUGAACGGGCUGAAGCAGCGCUCCGUGUACGCUGUGGUCCAGCAGGACGUCCCCAAACAAGAUGAUCCCGUCUACCUGGUCUGUAAGCGGGGCGACCUGCUGCUGGUGGAAAAAGACGGCUAUCCGCCGGACAGCAACUUGCUCCGAGCCGUCAACCAGAGGACCAAAAGUAGCGGGGUGGUUUACAAGGACAAGAUGGAGUUUCUGCCGACUUUGACCGAACCCCCUGAGGACAUGCUGACCAUGCUCAGCCCGAAGCAGCGGAAAGCCUCCGUCCCGACCAUUGUCCCUCUGGUCGAAGAGACGGUGGCUCCCGUCUCUUUGAAGGAGUUUGCUCUUGAGAAUUUCAGAUCAGUCGGUAAGGGCGGCGGCCGUGGUUCCAAGGGCGCCAACAAGGAGAGGCUGUGGAUUUUCUCCAAGGAGCCCAUCAAACAGCCACUCUUGAAGACUUUGCUUAACAAUCCAGAACUCAGCAACAUGGCCUGCAACGCCUUCAUUGCCAUCUUGAAGUACAUGGGCGACUACCCCAUCAAACAUUCUCGAAGUCCCACAGAGCUGACUGACCAGAUCUUCGGUUCAGCCACUAAGCAUGAGGAGCUGCAAGAUGAAAUCUACUGCCAGAUAAUGAGACAGAUGACCACCAAUAACAGCAGGAUGAGUGUGGAUCGUGGGUGGCAGCUGAUGUGGAUGUGUACAGGCUUGUUCCCGCCCGGUCCCAGAUUAAGGAAACACGCGCAGCGCUUCCUGGAGUCACGGCCCAGGGACCCUCUGGCUGCUGGCUGCUUACAGAGGUUUCAGGAUUUUUCCAGUAAAGCGCCCAGGACACUUCCUCCCCAUCAAGCAGAGGUGGAGGCCAUCCAGCAGAACAGCACUCAGAUCUUCUAUAAAGUCCACUUUCCAAAUGACACAGAUGCUCUGGUCGAGGUUUCCUCCACGAUCACGAACAGGGAGCUGCGCCACAGCAUCGCCGCCCAGCUCUCGCUCAGCUCAGCAGAGGGAUACGGCCUGUACAUGAAAGUGACGCAGAAGAUGAUGAGUCUGGAUGAGGACAAGUAUUUCUUUGACAGUUUAAGGCAACCUCCAGAUGUGAAUAAGAAAGGAAAGAAAGUGAAAGAAGUCACUCAGUCCAAUGCGCCGCUCCUGGUGGUCUACAGAAGGAAGCUCUGGUUCAACGUGAUCCCAGGAAAAGAUCUCAUCGCAGAUCUCACUUUCCAUUACCCGCAGGAAGUGCCCAAGUACCUGCGGGGAUACCACACCUGCACCAAAGAGGACAUGUUUAAUCUGGGUGGGCUCCUGUUCAGAGUGGCCGUGGACUCGGACAGAUCCCAGUUUGUCAUGAUCCCCAGGAUGCUGAACGAGCUGGUUCCUUUCGACAAAGUGCAAAUGAUGCAGCCUGACGAGUGGAAGAAGAACAUCAUCUCGUCGUAUAACAAGCAGAGCGGCAUGACGGUGCAAGAGGCCAAAAUUGCCUUCCUGAGAGCCAUUUCGAACUGGCCAAACUUUGGCUGCUCCUUCUUUGACGUUAAACAAAAUUGUGAGCCAGACUACCCGAACACACUCUGGUUUACGGUCAGCAAGAAAGGUGUCAGCCUAAUUGACCCCAAAACAAAGGAGCUGCAAGUGAUGCACCCGUUCAACCGCAUCACAGACUACAGCAGCACAGGCAACAUUUUCCAGAUGACCAUCCGCACCCUGGUGCCGGGCAUCAACUUUGUGUGUUCAACCUCACAGGCCGGGACGAUAGAGGACCUCGUCAAGUCGUAUAUCAGGAUGUACGAGGAGCAGAAGAUGAUCAAUCGACCGAAGAACAACAUGUUUCCCUGAGGCUUCGCGCUGAGCUGCUCGGAUUUCCACGCACCGUUAUUCAGUAUCUUUAAGUUUAUGCAUUUGUAAACAAUAAAUGAUAAUGCUGUCCAUUAUAAAUCUUGCCCCUAUUAAAAGAAUAGUGAUAUUCAAAUGUCUCUGUGCAAUAUUUGUGGGUUUUUUUUUCUUUACUUGAGACACAAACGUUGCCUUUUCGCAAAGUUUGAACUUAGAUUAAGAUGAAGUAAGUUCUCUACAUGUGGCUCUUAACUCAAAUCUUUUUUUAAUUUUUUUUAAUUUUUAAGUAGCUAUAAACUAAAAAAAAAUAAUAGUUUUUUUGUGGGGUAGUUGAUUACAUGUUCCAGCUCCAGUUAAUGACUUUACAUGAAUUAAUUUUUGUAAAUAUUAAAAUGACCCAUUCAGCUGUGUUUAUGACUCGGAACUGAGACGUUUUAAGGCACAAAUUACAUGCAAAGUCACAGACGGUAGAGAUAAUGAAGACUCUUAGGUGCAGUUCAUUAACGGUGAACUUCAUACUUCUUUUUUCUUUGUCAUCAGUUAAGCGAAUGUAUUCAUAACCUCGGUAGAUUUCGUUUGAAAAAUAUUUUCAUUCAAACAAGAGCUAAAUUUAUCCUGAGUCUAUCUACCUACCUGCAGAGAUAUACAAUACCAGAUAUUUGUGUUUUGAGAAAUAGGUUUUUAUUGAUCUGAUGAAAGCGGAAAAUAAUAAACAGAAAUAAAAGCUUGAAAACACCAGUCUUUGUGUAGUUAAUCUGCAUAAUGUUUUAUCUGGUGAAGUACUAAUUUACUGAAUACUAAUCAAAAGUUAGUAAACACACUUCCAGUUUAGUUAUGUUUAUUUGAUAGAAACGAACAUAGUUCCAAUACCACUGAUUUAGUAAAAAAUAUGUAAAUAAAGCUGUUAGCUUGACAUGGGCUCUGAAUGAAUUUAUUUUAAAUUAUUGGGGGUUUCUUUAGCAAAUGUGAGAUUAUGCCUCUGCCAUAGCAAAAUGUUUCAUCAUAAGGCUUCUUCACACAUCUUUUCCUUUGCCAAUAAAUGUUGUGUGCGCUUGUAAGCUUUAUAUAGCAUAUGAUAUUAAUUUAGCAGGCUUUUUUCAGGUUGCUUAGGACAUUCUGAGUUAAAGUGAGAGUAAGUAUAAGCUUUUACUGCCCACAAAUCCUGGUCACGGUAAUGAACUCCCUGUAAUUUCUUGUAUUUUACAAAGCAUGAAUAAUCUUUAAACUAACCGUUGCAAAAGUGUUUAACAGACAUCCACGUUAAAAAAUGUAAUAGCUUCUUUUCUCUGUAUUCAAUUUUUAUGAUGGUAAUAUUCUGAAUUUUAUCCGGUAAAAUUAAUUAUCUGAUGAAAAACAGAGCUGACUUAAAAUAUAAUGAUGCUACAGCUGGAUGUAGAAUUACCAUUUUUAAGUGUUUGAGGAAAGAUUCUAAGAUUUUUUUUUCUUUUUUUUUUAUUCUUUUUUUUCUUAGCUUGCAGCUGUGCUUCUUGGCUGAAGAAAGUUUUCAAAAUCUCAGCUAACACAACAACUUUCCAGUCCUGCAUUUUGAUUCUCAAAAUCUCCUGACAGCUUGUUAAAAUAUUGAUUACCAGUUACUGCUUUCCUUAGAAAACUACGCAGGUUUCACAUUGAGGUACAGACCGGCAUACACAUGGUGUGUGUUUGGCACUAUGCUAUAAAUGAGUGGCAUAUAGACUGCUUAUACAAUCAUCUUCAUAGCCUUUUUAACCUUUUGCAGUUACUAUGGAAACCUUGCCACAAAAAAAAUAAAAAUAAAAAAUCAGGUUACCAUGAGCAGGUGCAUAUGAAGUGCAAUGUGAUUGUUUGUACCCUGGUGUGUUGAUGCAAUCUGACUGCAAGGCUGAGAGACAACAAGCCCCUUUAAAGCGUAAUUAACUUCAGCUGGAAUGGUAGUCUUAAGUACACUUAAUAAAGUUUUAAGUACAAGUUUUUAACCCUCCCAUGGAAAAAAAUAAAACAUUUUUAGAGUGUAAAAUAUGUCAUCGGGUGCAAAAGGGCUAAACAAGUAGGACAAGUUGCACGCUAAAGUAAAGAAUAGACUGUAUGUGUGUGAUGCCCUACAAGAUGGCAAAGGCAUUUUGAUGCACUGCACCAAAUUUGGAACAAAACACCUUAGAGCCCAGACCACAUCACUAUCCUCCCACCUGCACCCCCUCCCUGCAACUUGUACCUCAAGAGUAAAAAAAAAAAAAAGGCAAGAGCAUCGAGACCACAGCCCAGUCAAACACAUAAUAUGCAUGAAUACAAGCACAAACUCUCUCACGUCAACUUAAAACAUGCGUCUUGUUCAAAAUGCACUUAAAGCAGAGCGCCAGUCUGAUUUAAUGUACAUUGAAAUGAUUCGCUGUUGUUGACUAAAUGUAAAUGUGCGGCUUCUCCUUGCUGCUCUGGAUGCGGACAACAACUUUCAGCCAUUUUUUAUUUUAUUUUAUUUUUUUAUUUUUUGUCGGGAUGUUUGUUGUUGGAGCCUAACAAGAAAACUGUUCCCAGGUCGACGCAGAGCGGUGGCUUCCGGUGAACCCAGAGCUAGUUUGGAGGAGGGUAAAAUGAUCCCAGAUCAGUGUCUGCUUCGGUGUCAAGCCUGCUCUCGCGCUCGCUCGCAGCGCCGCCAGCCUCGCGAUAGCCUCGCCUACCGACACUAGAAUCAAAGCUCCGCUCGCGAACUGGAUGCUGACAGGCGCGCGCGGUGCGGUCAUCAUGCAAAGGUUACACUGGAUCCGUGUCAAGAAGCCGCUCCCCCGCAGGACCCUCUCGGGCGACAACAUGCGAGACGUCUAGCGGCGACGAAGACGGGACUGACGUCUCUCCCCUUACUCCUCUCCCAGGUUUUUUUUUCUUUUCGCCGUUGUGUUCGGCUGCGGCAGGUGCCAAAAAAAAAAAAAAAAAAA